AUGUAUCUAAUAGAUUUGGCCACUGUGACAGCAGCGCUAGCAAUAUGCUUUGGUGACUUUGUGUGCGCUUAUGGAAAUCAUCGACAGAAGAAGCAAUUAUCACCAGCGUUGCAACUCGAAGAUAACAUUAAUUCUCUUUUGCGUCUUAAUGAAUUGGGAUAUAAACGUUCCUUUGGAGAACCAUCACAUGCAAUGGAAUUUCACGAUGGUUUGGAUGAUCUAUUCUCAUUGCAAAAUAUUGGCAAACGACCUGCAUUAAGUCCAGCAGAUCAAUUCGCCAGACAAAUGGACGCUAUGCAGCACUUGGCAGCGGCUGGUAAGAAAAGGUCAUUGUCACCUGCGACCGAUUUUCAACAGCAAUUACAACUGCCGCAUAUGCUAAUGGAUGCAGGCCGUUAA